AGCCGCAGCAAUGGAGUACCGGCACUGCAGACGCCUGGUUCUGAUCGUGAUCUUAAGUACGCUAAGUCGAACUUUUGCAAGUAACCACCUUACAAACAAACAGACCAGUUAUAUGUCUAAGUCAUCUGGUCGUAAUACUGAGAAUGCGGUUUUAAAAGAAAACUUGAAUCGCGAACAAACGGGAAAGUUUGCAGUUUUUGAUUCUAAGGAGUCAAACGGCACUUACAGAGGAACAACGAAGGCUAUUGUUUUGAACGACGAAGAUAGCAAUGACGCGUCAGGGGACGAGGCAGACAUACAGACCGCCGCCUCUGGAUUCGACUUGGCGAGCCAUACUUUGAAGGAAAUCAUCCAUAAGGUGCACAGAAUCGAGCAAUUAGAGGAAUCCCAGGAGAAAAAACUGGACAAUAUUUUUGCGUUUCUGGCCCAAUUGGACCUCGCCCUGUCGGACAUACGGGAUCAAAUUUCUGAUUUACCUCUGGAUGUCAUGCAGAUUCUCAACGCCAAAAAUAUCAUCAAUACUGCUAUCGUGUCAGUCCCUGUUGACAACGAAAGACAAGAGCUGAGACGUCCACGGACUCAGAGUGACUUACAGCUACAACAGACGUCUUCUGAAACUAAAACCAAGUUUGGUAUCGUUCCUGCUUUGUCUGAAAGUGAAAAGCUCUCAAAUGUUGAUGUGUCAAUAACGACAACAGCAGCAUCAGUCACGACAACAGAGACUAGCCCGUCGCCCGCAGUGAAGUACAGGUCGUCAAUUUAUCAUCUUUUGAGACAAAAAGAAACAGAAAGACUACAACACAAAGAUGAAAAUCGUCGUCAACCGCACGAAGUAGUAGAGCAACAGCAACAGCAGAAACAACAACAUAAACAGCUGCGCAAUUUAGUUCGAAAUUCCCCUGUUGACCAACUGGGAAGUGGGUCUAGUAGCACGAGACAUGGGCACCGGACAUAUACCUCCCCCAUAGCCACUGGCACCCGAAGAGCACAGAGACGCUGGCUCAUCACCAAAUUCGGAUCACGUGAGGCAGCAUCCACGCUGAGGUCCCGAGAGGAAAAACACCUUUCAGAAUGCCCCAAAGGAUACGACCUCCGCUACGGUAAGAGCUGCUACUACGUCAGCCCCCGCUACUCGUACACCUUUGCGUGGGAACAGGCGCGUGCGCAGUGUACGGCUCUUGAGGGGAGUCUGCUUUCAGUGGAAACAUGGGACGAACACCAGUUUCUGAAAACGCACUUGAAAGCACUGAGGAAGUGUGAAUUAGCUUUGUGA